AAAUUAGAGAGGGGCUUGGAUGAAAAAUAUUGCACAGUUAAUCGGUGAAGACCGGAAAUGGUGCAGUGACGUCAGCACCGAAUCCUCCCGACGGGACUCCCCGGCACCGCAACCGCUGUUCCUCUCUCUCCCGCGUCACGCGCGCGCCAGAGCCGCGGCAAGAUUCCCCGGCGGGAGGCGUAGGCCGCGCGCCGCGACGAUUCGGCUCCUCGCCCACCCCACACGGUUCCCCGCCUCCCUCUGCCGCUGGCGGCGGAUGGCCUCCUCCUCCUCCUCGCCGGCGCCGGCCCCGGCCGGGGAGCCCCUGCGCCAGAAACGCAUCCUCUCCAGCAAGCUCUACCUCGACGUGCCCUCCUCCAAGGCGCCGGUGGUCUACUCGCCGGCCUACGACAUCUCCUUCCUCGGGCUCGAGAAGCUGCACCCGUUUGACUCCGCUAAAUGGGGCCGCAUCUGCAGGUACCUCACCAGGGAAGGGCACCUGGAGAAGAAAAAGCUCGUGGAGCCAUUGGAAGCCUGCAAGGAGGAUUUGCUAGUGGUGCACACAGAGGCGUAUCUGAACAGCCUCAAAAGCAGCUACAGAGUUGCCUGCAUUGUAGAGGUCCCUCCUGUGUCGCUUGUCCCUAACUGGAUGGUGCAUAAAAAGCUACUAUACCCGUUCCGUAAGCAGGUGGGUGGGUCAAUUUUGUCAGCCAAACUUGCACUCGAGAGAGGAUGGUCCAUUAAUGUUGGUGGAGGAUUUCACCAUUGUUCGGCAGAGGAAGGGGGUGGAUUUUGUGCGUAUGCUGACAUCUCUCUCUGCAUCCAGUUUGCUUUUGUCCGUCUAAACAUUUCAAGUGUAUUGAUCAUAGACCUGGAUGCCCACCAAGGAAAUGGGCAUGAAAAAGAUUUUGCCAAUGAUGGAAGGGUUUACAUUUUGGACAUGUACAAUGCUGGAAUUUAUCCCUUCGAUUUCACUGCUAAGCAAUACAUCGAUCAAAAAGUUGAAUUAGUUAGCGGGACAAAAACAGAUGAAUACUUGGAGCUACUUGACAAUGCCCUUGAGGUAUCCAAAAGUAGAUUUCAGCCCCAAUUGAUUGUUUACAAUGCUGGAACAGACAUCCUGGAUGGUGAUCCAUUGGGCAAAUUGGAGAUAAGUCCUGAGGGUGUGGUUGCCAGAGAUGAAAAGGUGUUUAGAUUCGCGAAAGAUCAAAACAUUCCACUCCUCAUGCUGACAUCAGGAGGCUACAUGAAGUCAAGUGCUCGAGUAAUUGCCGACUCGAUCAUCAAUCUCUCGAAUAAAAACUUGAUAGAACUAGGCAACCAGCUGGGUUGAGCAAGAACUUGUGAUUAGUGUUUAUCGUAAAGCACACAUCUCCCUGAUGUAUAUGUCAUUGUGAAUAAAAGUGUACAGUACUUUUAUUGUGAUGGAUGACAUAUAUGCCAUAGAAAAGGUUUGUAGUACAUAACACGGGGCCUCCUUAAAUCUUCACUAUGUGAAGUCAAGUAAUCAAUGCGUAUAAAGCGUUUCAGAAAA